AUGGACAGGGGACGAAGCUCUCAAGGCAUCCGAAGACCUCAUCCUGCUCAUCAGUCCCUCCCCUCCUUCUGCUCCAUCAACGCUGCACACGCAAUGAAGACGAGCGUGCUGCUCUUCCUGCUGUUAGCAGUAACCUGCAGCCAGAAUGGUUUGGUCCAAUCGUUGCCAUUUGGGGAUAUGGCAACCAUUGCUAUUGAGGACUGUCCUCUCAGUGUUUAUGGGAACUUGUUCACAUCUGUCCAAAUUCAGACUGGACAAAGCGCUGUGACAUACUGCUUCAUAAAUGUCGCGAGUGCUCCCGAUUGCGUUUCAAUCACAACUGGAAACCUUCCCACUUCUGUGGAAACGACGGUCGAGAGCGCCGCCGAUCCUGCGCUCGGAGCGUCGGUCAAGGCCGAGCUGCCGCAGCUGAGUGAUGACCUGACCUGCUAUUUGAGAACCAACCUGUCCAGCAGUUCCGGAACUAAUAUGAUUGUUACCUGGAUGAAAUUUGGAUCCCAAACGGCAUUGAGCGUGCAUCUGAUGAUGUAUCUGGAUCCUUUAGUUGUAAGGACAUGUGAGAACGUAGACGCAACAAUCGGUUCCCAAGUGGUGUCAAGUAACUUCACCAAGACUGAGGGGGAGAAUAAUAAGUACAUAGAUAUGAGUGGCUGCAGGUGUAAUCCCAUGUACCGUGUGUGCACGGUGACCGCCGCCCAAGUGAUCCAGUUCUUUGGCAAUGUAGUUUCCAUCACGGACCGCUGUGUGCACAGCCUGCUCCAGCCCGUCAACAAUCCCGGGUUUGAACUUGUGGCGACCUUCAAGGAUCGCCGAAGUCAGAUCAUGCCGUUCCUGGACAGUGUGGACCUGCUCCUCCCUCCCAAUGUCAUCAUCUCUCUUGAAACAAGCGGAAGGGUUUGGGUUGAUGGCCAAAUACAAAUACUCACCCCCGAGGCCACAUUGGUCCACGGAGUGAUGCUGUCCAGGGACUCGACUGGUGUGACCAUCAGUAUUUCGAACCCAGACAUUUCAGACGACCCUGUUACCGUCUUCUUUGAUGGCUACAGCGCGCACAUCAAAGUUCCUGAUGGGAAGUCUCUAGCGGGCUUAUGUGGCCACGCUGGCGAUCCUACCUAUCCAGCGACGUCCGUACCUGAUAUUGCCCGAAGCGAUGAAGGAUGUACUACUGUGCCCCAAAGCGAUGAUCUUGUAAUUGGCGAUACAGCUGCAACGGGACGCUGCUCCCUGCUCCUGUCAAAUCCAUUCACUGCUUGCCAUGGGAAAGUCCCAGCAGAACCGCACGUCCAGUCAUGCAACACCACUAUGAGCAACUACCCCUCCGUGGACAACCUCCUGUGCCAGUUCUUUGAGGCGUACGACAAAACCUGUGAGCUGCAGCAUGGGAUCGAUCUGGGAGACUGGAGGUCCUCCACCGGCUGCCCUCUGGAACAUCAUGCCUACUGUCAGAACCACACUUGCAGCACCCACGAGUUCUGUGGAGAGUCCCCGCUCAGUGGAACCGGCUGCCUCUGCCGUGCCAUAUUUGCCUCCGGGUACAAGGCAGAAGACUCUUUAGGCGAGGCGACAAUGUGCCAGGAUAACUCGGCGAGCAUCUCGCUGAUUGGUUGCCUGUUGGAGGAGAAAGGCAUCGACUUCUCCAGUUUGCAUCUCCUUGAUAACACCUGUACAGGUCAGCUAGACAGCGAAACCCAUACACUAACCUUCAACUUCGACACAAACAACAAUUGCGGGUCAGAAAUCAACACAAACAGCAGCCAUGUUGCGUACAAGAAUAAAAUCGUUGUGAGCGGACCUCAAAACGGAGCCAUCGUCACACGGCAAAACCUGUUGGAAGUGGACUUCUCGUGCGUAUACACGCAGCCGGAUGUGAGCACCAUGUCCUUCAACAUCAGGCAGAGCUCUUCGGUGCAUCACGUGGUAUCGCACACAUGGAACUACACCUUGUUCAUGAACGCGUACACGGACGCCGCGCGCACCAAUAUGCUGACCCCGGACAUGGAUGUGGACCUCAAUCAGGAGGUUUGGAUCGAGCUGACCACUGAAGGACUACAAGGGGCGGCGGUCCAACUGGUGACCGACUCCUGCUGGGUGACUAGUGAUCCUUCGCCCACGGCAGCCAUGAAAUAUGACCUCAUUGUCGAUGGUUGUCCGGACCUCAAUGACGGUACCGUGGAAAUAAAAGGAAACGGGAUGGGAAAGGACAACUACUUCUCGUUCCGUAUGUUCCAGUUUGUGAGCAGCAGAGACUUCUUCCUGCACUGCCAAGUCAACCUGUGCGUGGAUCAGGACUGUUCCCCGGAUUGCAGUCAGCCUCCCGCCAGGAGACGCAGAGCCUUACAAGAAAGCAGAAGCGAGAAGCUGAGAGGUGACUUCAUCUCGUUGGGGUGGAGCAAUUAGGUGACCCGGUUUCCGUCCAAUAUGACUGACCCACGCUUGAAGUCAAGCAGGGUGUGAAAGCUUUUUAUGGACAGAACCUUGACAAAUCGGCCAUGGUUCUGCUGAUUGGGGACAAUGGUUUGAUUUAAAAAUGGAAUAGCGGUUUUUCUAUACAGUGGAACCCGCUUAUGUUGAGUUCGGGGGAGUUUCGGGGGACAUUAGCAUUGUCGUGACGUCACAAGAAUAAAGUCAAACU